AUCGCAAACGUCCCAUCCUCCUAACGCAAUACAUGGUCGUUGAUGGUCUUUCAUUUAGACAUUUCAACCAUAGUCAUAGUCAAUGGUUUGUUGACAAAGAAACUACAUUUUUCAGUCAAGAAUACUGCGACUACUGCGACUAGUUGUGGACACAGGAAGUAAACAAUGACGUCUGAUUUUACAAACAUUGUACAAAGAGAAACAUUUAAAAAUAUCGCGUUAAUGUUGGCUGUCUAUGGAAUUCAAGUUGUCAUAUUUAAAGACAUUUUCAGAUGUCCUUGCAGAAAUCACGAUUCGUAUGGCAUGACCUUCCUGUUCAUCCCAGCGAUUUGCGUCUUUGCGUUAAGUUUAAUCGUUUGCCGUCGUUCAUGGACUGUUCUAGUUACGCUCUUCAAAUAUGGUAAUUACGAGACAAGAUGUAACUACUUUCUCUCGUCAUUAGUCGAGUGCUUUCGGCCAUUUCUCGCUCCGUGUUCGUGGAUUGUCCUCGCUUUACUUCGUGGCGAGUGCUACGUGUGCAUUCGUGUGGGGCCUGGGCGACAGUGUAAUUUGGAGCAACAAGACAUAAAUACGUUUGACUUUGAACACUACUAUAUUCAAUCUUUUAUUUUGGGCUUGGCCUGUUUUGUUGCCAUGGUGAUAUUCGCCACUGGUAUAGUGUGCAUUCAGCGCUGUUGUACGAAUACAGACGAUAAUCUUCCGACGUACGACAGCUUAAUCCUGGCUAAGAAAAAUGCAGUCGUAGAAGCAUUUAACAAUAAAACGAAAGAAAUGGUAAACAAAUAUGCAGAAAAGCUUGUCGACAGCACAUUUUGUGAUCAUCAGGAUUCGAAAAUCGACGUAGACGAACAAUUUAUUCAAGCACGUGAAAAGGUGCAAGCGAUUUGUGGACGGAAACUUGCUAGCAGUCAUAUCGUUGAUAUGCCCUUCUCGUCGAUGGAAAUUACGUCGAGUUCUAACAUGUGAU